UUUGCUUUCCAUCGCCAUCUCGCUCUGCACUGCUCGCUCGCUUGCCCGCUGCCCCUUCCACCUCACGAAACAACACCACUCCCAUCUCACCAAGCGCGCUGCUGCUGCUGCUGUUGCUGCUGCGGUGGCUUGGCUUCUUCUUCGUCAUCUUCUCCCUUUGCCUGCCUCGGUUGCUUGGUGUGGCUGAGCUGAGCUGCCUGGGAGCUUGCUUGCUCGCUCGCUCGCUCGCUUGGUCAUCCGGAGUGUCACUGUCUGUCUCUGCCUUUAUUUUUUCCUAUCUGUUUUGUGUCCUUGCUCUCCUUUGGCCUUUUGCUUUCCCGGCCUCAAUAAUGGUGGAGGCGCUGCGGCGGGUUCCUUCCUGAACGCCUUCUCCCCCCGCCUCGUCUCGUCUCCCUCUCCACCGGCGCGCCAAAAAUCAAGAUCCACCUGCAGUUUUUACCUCUCUUCUUCCCGGAGUAAUUUACAGUAUGUUCUAGGUUGUUUGAGGCCCUAGCUUGCUUUUCCUUCUGUUGUGUUCAGGUGGUGUUGGUGUCGAGCACUCGACGAAAGUUCUGUUGUGCCCAGUUCUUGCUGGGGAUUGGGUCAGUUGGGAGUUUUUUCCUUCUUCUUUUGUUUAGGGUUAGGUGGGAGGUGCUUCCAAGUACCAGUUGCUAGUGGCUAGUGCGUUGUUCAGUUGCUCUGAAAGUCUGAAUUGGUGCAAAUCGGGAUGCUUUUGGACGGCAUGAUGAUGGAGGCCAGGAAGGGAUUGAUGGAGAGGGAUCAGUUCCCCGUCGGUAUGCGGGUCCUCGCCGUCGACGAUGACCCCGUGUGCCUCAGGGUUCUGGAGGUCCUCCUCCGACGCUGCCAGUAUCAUGUAACAACCACCAACCAAGCUGCUACUGCACUGAGGCUGUUAAGGGAGAACAAGGACAUGUUUGAUCUGGUGAUCAGUGACGUCCACAUGCCCGACAUGGACGGCUUCAAGCUCCUCGAGCUCGUGGGGCUUGAAAUGGACCUCCCCGUCAUCAUGCUAUCGGUGAACGGGGAAACUAGAUCUGUGCUUAAGGGGAUAACUCAUGGUGCCUGCGACUAUCUUCUAAAACCCGUUCGGAUCGAAGAGCUCCGGAACGUGUGGCAACACGUAGUUAGAAGGAAAUUCAGUAACCGUGAACCGAACAAUCUUGAUUUCUGCAAGGAGAUCAGUAAGCCACCGAGCGCCGACUCGUACCACCGGCUCGGCCAGGCGACCUGUGACCGGUCGUCUGACCAGAAUGGGAGGCCCAGCAAGAAGAGGAAAGAGCUGCACAGCGAAGAGGAAGACGAAGGCGAGGAAAACGACGAUGCCGCGGCAUCGAGGAAGCCAAGGGUGGUGUGGUCAAUUGAGCUGCACCGGAAGUUCGUCGCUGCCGUCAACCAGCUCGGGAUCGACAAAGCUGUACCUAAAAGAAUACUCGAGCUUAUGAACGUGGGGAAGCUCACCAGGGAAAAUGUAGCGAGUCAUCUUCAGAAGUACAGGCUAUACCUCAGACGGCUAAGUGCCGUGGCAUCACAGCAAGCCAGCAUUGCUGCUGCCUUUGGAGGUAGAGACCCCUUCUUGCACAUGGGAGCAUUUGAAGGGCUUCAUAGCUACCAUCAACCCUUUGCCCCUUCUGCUGCACUUCCAUCUUUCAAUCCGCAUGGACUGCUGAUUGGUGCUGGUGCAACAGCAUUUGAGCUUCAGAACUUCGCUGCUUCUAAGGCAAUUCAGUGUGCUAGCAGCAAUGGUGCAAUUGGUCAUUGCGCCGGCGAUACAAACAAAUUGAACAUUGUGAGCUUACAAGGCAACCAACAGACAGAUCUAAUGCAAGGCUUGACCGCCUCGUCGCUUGGGCCGCCCCAGCUCCAGCAGAAAUGGAUCCAUCAAGAACCCAAUGACCUGUGCUCUAUCUUUUCCGGGGGUGCUCUCGCUAACACUAUGUUUGGCACACUCCAAAGAGUUACAGGCAGUUCACUGCCACUGGAAGAUCUUUUGGAGUGCACUCCACAUAUCAAAGUUGGAGCCCAUCCAUCAAUAGGAAUACAAGCUGUGAGUCCAGGGCUGCUUGAAAGGUCUGUCGGAGUUUCCGCCGAUUUACGGGAUUCUAGUAUGUCCCAGCAGGGUGAUCUUUCAAUCAGUGAUGGGUUUUCUGUCGACAAGUUACCGUUGCACAUCCCGUUCGAUGAUGCUGACACUGGCUUUAUGGCUCGUGAACAAGUGAUGGACCAAGAGGGGAUAUUUUCAGAAAGAAUGACUGUCAGUGUUUGUCCUUCUGAGAGCCUCAUAGCAGCCAAUAAUAUCAAAUGUGGAGCAAGUUCUUCUGGUAGUACAAUGCUGCUCCCUCCUCAUGAAACUGAGAGACAUUCAAAAUACCUGCAGUUUGGGUCUGGAAGCAACUCUAGGCAUAGAAUGGGUGGAUUGAGACAAGACCAAUGCCUGGACAAUGGAGGUUUUAGCUAUGAUGGUGGUGCCAUUGUGCCUGAACAGACCAAUAUGGAUGAUUUGGGAACUCCAAAGCUGCAGGGUGGGCUCAAUUCUAGCAGCUGCAACUUUGAUGACCUUCUCAAUUCCAUAAUAAAAGUGGAGAACCCACAUGUCAUGACGAUACUCCCCCUCUAGCUACCUCUUUCCCAGUCAGUUGCUUCAUUCGGCAAUCUCCGCAGACCGAGCAAGCGAUAUCCGGCCUGCAAAGAGAGCCUAGCCUACAGGGUAUGCCCCAGGAAGAUGAUCGCCUUCGGAGCCAACGACCACACCAAAUAUCUCAUCGGAGCGGUCGGGUGAAAGCCCGCGGAAGGAUGGAACACCUUCACGAUCACCACCGGCCAAAGAGGCGAUCACCACCGGAAGGAUGGCGCCCGCCCACGUCACGGGCGUUCACACCACUGUCGACCUCUUUGAAAGCGCCGUCGAGGAGAUCUACGAGGUGUGGCUGCUGGUGAGCGCCGCCCGGGCUGAGCUCGAGGAGAAGACUGUCCUGUACAAGCAUCCACGUGAGCAUAUUCUAACUUUCUAAGGCUGGUUUGAGGAGUGAUUUGUUGUAUGUCUCUUUUUUUAAGGUGAACAUUUGUUGUAUGUAAGUGUGCUGUGGAGAUGCUGGGCUGUCAAAAGAGUACUGACCAAACCUGGCCCAGCAGAGGCUAAAUUUCGUGUUUUGAUCUUUUAGGCAAGUUGAUUGAGAUUUGAUCCUAAUUUACAAAAAAAAUUAACAUCUGAUCA